AUGGGUUUUCAAUUCAAACUACCCAGUCAGACCACUGUAAUUGGUGCCACACAGUCUGGCAAAACUACAUUGAUUAAACACAUUUGCGAGAAUACUGAGAAAUAUUUUGCACAACCCAUUGAUAAAAUUUUCUGGUUCAGCCAAUGUGGCUCAAGUUCCGGCGUACCACUGUCUGAUGGUAGACUUGUUGUUGUGGAAGGACCACCUGAUGCAGAACUCAUCAAGGAUCAAAAGGGCAGAAACUCUAUAGUUGUACUGGAUGAUUUGAUGAACUAUUUCUCAUCAUCCAAAGAAGCUAAACAGUUGCUAAACAACAUAUUCACCGUUUGGGCACAUCAUUGGAACUUGGCAGUGUUCAACUUGGUACAGGCUGCUUUUCAAUUGGAUCGAACAAGCAGAAUCAAUAGUACUUAUUUGAUAUUGAUGAAAAGUCAUUCUGAUGUUUUACAAAUUCGAAAUUGUCUCCAGCAAUUAUUUGGUACUCGUUUCAAAAGCGCCUUUGAGGCUUACACAGAUGCCAUGUCCAAACCAUAUAAUCAUUUAUUGAUUGACAACCACCCUUUGACAAAUGAUCGUCAUCGCAUAUUGACUGAUAUCACUUCCGAGUAUCCCAUAGUAUAUAUAGCUCGAAGUAUCAUUUAA